AUGUUUCUUCAAAUUGACAAUCCAGCUAAUAUACAUUUAACAGUUAAAUAUAUCAGAUUUAUGUGCAAUUUGAGUAGGACCUGACUGAGAGAAGCUCAGAAACAGUGUUUGGAGGCAAGUAGAGAACCAAUAUUGGACACAAGAUCACUAUCCAUUAUGAACCACAGUUUUUAUUUUUGCAAGACAACAUAAACUCCGUGAUAUCUGCAUAACAGAUCAGAGCUGUGCGGUCCAUGCUUUAAUAAAUAAGUUUCAACGCAUACAACAAUGGGUUUUCGUUUUCCUAGUAUGAUCAAAAGAGCAUCCUCUUCAAAAGCUAUGGGCAUGCCGAAAGGAUAUGUUGCUGUGUAUGUUGGAGAGAAACAAAAGAGAUUUGUGAUCCCUAUAUCAUACUUGAACCAACCGUCGUUUCAAGACUUGCUGAGUCAAGCCGAGGAAGAGUUUGGAUACGAUCAUCCGAUGGGGGGCCUCACAAUUCCUUGCGCAGAAGAUGUCUUCCAAAAUAUAACUUCUGGCUUGAACGGCCUAUGAAAGAAACAUCAAAAGAAACUGACAUAGCUUAGUAGAGAUAUUUUUUGUACACUAGGCAUCUUACCAAACUGUAAAGAUGAGAAAAAAUGACCAUUAGAUUGACAGAGUUAGAAUUUAAUGAUAAUGAAUUCAAUUACUUAA